UCCCUUGCUGCAGAGCUCUUCCUCAUGUAGAUAGCUGUGUUCAUCUGUGUAGCUUUUGGAGUAGCGACUCUGAUUCGACUUCUUACGCAAGCAAACAACUGAGUUCUCACUGAGAGACCAUGUAAUCAAACAUCAACAAAGCUUUGGACUGUCUUAUGGAGCAUGCAUGAUCUGAGCUCGAUAGAUCUGGUCUGAGUUGCAGAAGGCGCACAGUUUGACAGCCAUGAGCAGAAACACGGAUCAACUUUCCCUUUGACAACAUUGGCUCUUUUACCAGAUGGCGUCUGUUUUGGAGGAUCCAACCCUCGAGCGACACUUCAAAGGGCACAAAGAUGCUGUCACCUGCACUGACUUCAAUCCAAACCGCAAACAACUGGCCUCUGGGUCAGCGGAUAAAAGCCUCAUGAUCUGGAAUCUGGCUCCAAAGGCGAGAGCUUUCCGCUAUGUUGGCCACCAAGAUGCCAUCACAUCAGUGCAGUUCUCUCCCUUCGGUAACCUCGUGGCCUCUUCCUCCAAAGACAGAACAGUCAGGCUGUGGACACCUUCAAUGAAAGGAGAGUCGACGGUGUUCAAAGCUCACACAGCCGCCGUAAGAAGUGUCGCCUUCUCUCAGGAUGGACACAGGCUGGUGACCGCCUCCGACGACAAGUCCGUCAAAGUGUGGAGCGUUCAGCGGCAGUGCUUCGUUUACUCUCUCACCCAGCACACAAACUGGGUGCGCUGUGCCAGAUUUUCUCCAGACGGGCGGCUCAUAGCUUCCUGUGGGGACGACCGCACGGUCCGACUGUGGGACACGUCCACCAAACACUGCAUCAACUGUUUCACUGACUCUGGAGGAUCAGCAACGUUUGUUGAUUUCAACUCCAAUGGAACCUGCAUAGCAUCCUCAGGAGCUGACAGCUCACUGAAGAUCUGGGAUCUACGGACCAACAAGCUGAUUCAGCAGUAUCAAGUCCACAGUUCAGGGAUCAACAGCUUUUCCUUCCACCCGUCCAGCAACUACCUGAUCAGUGGCUCCAGUGACAGCACCGUGAAGAUCCUGGACCUGCUGGAGGGACGCCUCAUCUACACCCUGCAUGGACACAAGGGCGCUGUAAUCACUGUAGCAUUCUCCAGGACUGGAGACCUCUUUGCCUCGGGGGGAGUCGACUGUCAGGUGCUGAUGUGGAGGACAAACUUUGACACCAAAUCUUACCAGGAAGUCCUGCAGCAGCACAGCCGGAGGUCCACCCCUGAUCCACUGCCCCACGUGGCUGACAUCCACCCCAGAGGACCACACCUUCACCACCCACAGCCCAGAGCAAUACAGAUCAGUCCAACAGUUGCAGACACACAGUCCACAGAUCCUCGUGUCAUAGAGCUGGGCCAAGCUGCGUACAGCAACACGCUCUUCAACAGUCGGACACACUCGGCGCUCAUGCAGACCGCCACCAACAGUCAACACUCGAAUGGUUUGCCAGCAAGUCACGCGGCUACGUCAGCAGAGGAAGGAUGGAUGGAGGAGGAAAGCGUGUAUCAGCCAGGUGCAACCUCCGGGAGACGCAGGGGAGGGAGGGGAAGGAGAGAGGAGGAGGAUGAGGAGGAGCAGGAGAGAGGGCAGACGCAACCGCUGGAAGUGCUGUCUGGUCAUCCGUCGUGUCUGGAAUCUACCCUGCGCCACAUCGUUCAGCAGCUGGAUAUUCUCACACAGACUGUCUCGGUGCUGGAGGAGCGUCUCACCCUGACUGAGGACAAGCUGAAGGAGUGUCUCCUCAACCAAUCCCAGAUCCUCAAAGACGUUCGGUCCUCGGGGGAGAGGCGGAGGACGGAGAGCGAGGAGACGGAUGGAUCACCUGAAGAUUCCACAUGAGGACGACUUCGCCCCUUCCUAACGCUGCAGGAUGGACAAUUAUACUGCUUCAAUCCAAA